UGCGUCUACCCCCUGCAGCCGCCGCCGUCGCCGUCGCCGUCGUCGUCGCCGCCGCUGCUUCCUUUACGAUGCCUUCCCUCCCCGUGGUGACUGUCCCUGAGCCGAUGGCCGUCGACGAGUCCGCCUCCAAGAAGUCGAAGCGGAAGCUCAAGGCGGCGGAGGCGGAGGCUGGGAAGAAGAAGGAGAAGAAGGAGAAGAAGCGGAAGGCGAAGGAGCCGGCGUCGUCCGACGAGGAGAGGAGCAGCACCAGCUCCGAGGAGCCGGCGCCCGCCGCGAAGAAGGCGAAGAAGGAGAAGAAGAAGGGGAAGGAGGAGGUCGCGGCCGUCGGGGAGGAUGACGACGGGGAGCUCACGGCCAGCGGCGACGAGGAUCCCGCCGACCCGAACGCGCUUGCCAACUUCAGGAUCUCGGAGCCGCUGCGGGAGAAGCUCAAGUCCAAGGGUAUCAAGGCGCUGUUCCCCAUCCAGGCCACCACCUUCGAUCUCGUCCUCGACGGCCACGACUUGGUCGGCCGCGCUCGCACUGGACAGGGAAAAACGUUGGCUUUUGUUCUACCAAUUCUUGAGUCAUUAGUUAAUGGGAAACACAAGGCAUCUGGGGCUGAUUAUGGCAGGCCUCCGAGUGUUUUGGUUUUGCUCCCUACCCGAGAGUUAGCCAAGCAGGUGCACACAGACUUUGAAUUUUAUGGUGCAACAUUUGGACUAUCUUCGUGCUGUGUAUAUGGGGGUUCUGAAUAUCGUCCUCAAGAAAUGAAAAUCAGGAAGGGGGUUGACAUUGUUGUUGGAACUCCUGGCCGUGUGAAGGAUUUUGUUCAAAAGGGAACCCUCAAUUUCAAGUCUUUAAAAUUCCGUGUCCUCGAUGAGGCUGAUGAGAUGCUUAAUAUGGGCUUUGUUGAUGAUGUCGAGCUUAUUCUUGGAAAAGUUGAAGACGUUACAAAAGUUCAGACGCUUCUCUUCAGUGCCACUCUACCGGAUUGGGUGGGGAAGCUCUCCUUGAGAUUUCUGAAACCUGGGAAAAAAACGGUUGAUCUUGUUGGAGACGAGAAAUUGAAAGCCAGCGCAUCUGUUAGGCAUCUUGCUCUUCCUUGUAACCGUGCUGCAAGAGCUCAAGUUAUUCCAGACAUCAUCCGGUGCUAUAGUCGCGGAGGCCGAACCAUUAUCUUUACCGAGACAAAAGAAUCUGCCUCAGAGCUCUCUGGUUUGAUUGCUGGAUCCCGUGCCUUGCAUGGUGAUGUUGCGCAAGCUCAACGUGAAGUUAUUCUUGCUGGAUUCAGGAGCGGCAAGUUCUUAGUUUUGGUUGCUACAAAUGUGGCUGCACGAGGUCUGGACAUUAAUGAUGUGCAGCUUAUCAUUCAGUGUGAACCUCCACGUGAUGUUGAAGCUUACAUACACCGGUCAGGUCGGACUGGGAGAGCAGGCAAUACUGGUGUUGCUGUCAUGCUUUUUGAUCCCAGACAUAAGUUCAAUGUGAACAGAAUAGAAAGGGAGUCUGGGGUCAAAUUUGAACAUAUCUCUGCACCACAGCCAACUGAUGUGGCACAAUCUGCUGGUAGUGAAGCAGCAGAAGCCAUUGCUAGUGUUUCAGACAGUGUUAUUCCUGUUUUCCGGGAGCAAGCUGAGCAACUGUUAAGCUCGUCUGGAAUGUCUGCAGCUGAUCUGCUAGCCAAAGCACUUGCAAAGGCAGUUGGCUACACUGACAUAAAGAAGAGAUCUUUGCUGUCUUCUAUGGAGAACCACACUACAUUACUUCUUCAAACUGGCCGAUCAGUGUAUGCACCAGGAUUUGUUCUUUCUACUUUGAAACGGUUUAUGCCAGAAGAAAGGCUUGCAGAUGUGAAGGGUAUAACCCUCACAGCUGAUGGAACCGGUGCUGUGUUCGAUGUUCCUUCAGCAGAGGUUGAAGACUAUAUUCAAGGGUCAGAGAACGCCGCCAUGGUGACAAUCGAGGAAGUGAAACAAUUGCCACCCUUGCAAGAGAGGGAUCAGUCAAGGGGCAGCAAUGGCGGAGGAAGGUUUGGAAACAGGAGAUUUUCCGGUGGUGGUGGUGGCGGCCGAGGCGGAGGCGGGAACAGGUUUGGUGGCGGGAACAGGUUUGGAGGCAGGGGAGGCGGCGGCAACAGGUUCAACAAAAGAUGAGCAUAUGUUCUUCAUUUUUGACCCAGGGUUUGAGCUGAAGGCACAGGGGAAUCGCCAAAGUUUUGACUGCGCCAUGUAUCGGUUUUUUCUGUUUAUUUGUUGUUAUUGUUUGUCUUAGUGAUGAUUAUGAUGAUCAAUUUUGCCAUCCCAAGAGUGUACAAUAUUGAUCUGAAACCUACACAGUAAAAUAUAAGACCAAUGGAGCUAUAACGUGUUCUGCAUGGGGGUUAUGCCGUAGCUUUUGCAAAAUCUUCUGUAAUCUGUAUUGGAUGAUACGGAGUAGUACUGUUCUUAGUAGAUAAGCUACUGUUAGUACGUAGUCCGGGUUCUGCUUGGUUCUUAAUUAUCCCUGUAAUAGAUAAAAUGAGGUUAAUUUCUUUUGCGCACAGUACGGCAACGUGUCAAGUAUUUUUAA